CUCAGUUUCUUCUUUCUUUGUUUAUAUCAACUCUACCACUUCUCUUCGUAAGAAACCCGGUCUGGACAAGCCGGCCAUUUCCCUCUCCAACCGGGUCCGACUCGCUGAUUGUUCACUUCCGCCUCUGUGAGUCAAAGCGCCGUAGUUUAAAUGACGUCGGGGACGAGACUGCCGACAUGGAAGGAAAGGGAGAACAACAUGCGGAGAGAGAGGCGGCGGAGGGCGAUCGGCGCUAAGAUCUUUGCUGGUCUGCGGAUGUACGGAAAUUACAAGCUCCCUAAGCACUGUGAUAACAACGAGGUCCUAAAAGCUCUAUGUAAUGAAGCUGGUUGGAUCGUUGAAGAAGACGGAACCACUUAUAGAAAGCCAAAGGCUGCUUUCGCGCAUAGCGUCUUCAAAAUUGGCAUUUUAGCUACUGGAAAAGUCUCAAAUGCGAUGAAGGUGUCACGUUACGACGGGGUAAGCUGUUGACCAGGCUGCGCACUUGUGGUCCUCGGAAUUCGCCGUGUUACUUUGUGAGAGCUGCUAUAGUGCGCUGUACGCAUACGGCGCAUAAUACGAGUAUGAAGAAUCGAAACCCUUAACUUUUGGGGGAAGUAAAUAAAUUAGGGCUGUUUGAUUUGAUUAGUUGUCGCCUGCUGUCUCUCUCUUAAUGCAUGUGAGUAGUGUUGUACUAGUGAGUUGCAGAUUUACUUGGAUGAGGUGAUAUGAACUGUCUCCUACACUACAUUUCUGAAUGUGAAUUUACACGAACAUCAAAAGAUUCUAAUCCUUUAACCAAAAGGACGGUCAAUUUUAUUUUAUUUUUUGACAGAAGACACACAAACAGGGCCUAUUCCCUUU